AUGGCUACGGCGUUUUCAAGUCGCACAACGCCUGUACCGGCGAUGGCACCGACAGAAAAGUCCGGAAAAUUUUUCGGCGUGGACUUCAAACGCUGGCAGCAGAAAAUGUUCUUUUACCUGACCACACUCAAUGUGCAGCGCUUUAUCAGCGAGGACAUUCCGGUCUUGGGAGAAGAGACUCCGGCUAAUGAACGAUUUGUGGUUACGGAGGCAUGGAAGCAUUCUGACUUCUUUGUCAUGGAAACUUCGAAAGAGUUGUGGAACACUCUUAAAAAGAAGUACAAGACAGAAGAUGCUGGACUUAAGAAGUUUGUUGCCGCAAAAUUCUUGGACUUUAAAAUGGUUGACUGUAAGUCUAUCAUAACUCAAGUUCAAGAACUGCAUGUCAUCGUUCAUGACCUUGUCGCCGAAGUUAUGGUCAUAAAUGAAGCGUUUCAAGUUGCGGCAUUUAUUAAAAAGUUGCUUCCAACAUGGAAGGACUUUAAAAACUACUUAAAACAUAAGCGCAAGGAGAUGACGUUGGAAGACCUUAUUGUUCGCUUAAGGAAUAAAGAGGACAACAAGGCUGCAAAAAAGAAGUCUCGUGGAAAUUCAACAAUAAUGGGUGCAAAUAUUGUUGAGAAAGUUGGACACAAGGCUGCUGAAUGUCGUGCACCAAAGAAGGACAAGAAGAAAAGCCAAGCCUACAUGAUUGAGAAGAAUGAUGAAAUAGACGAUUUAUGUGACAUACUUUCGGAAUGCAACCUAGUCAUAAAUCCUAGAUAA